UCUCUAUCUUGUAAUAUGCAUUUAUGCUUUGGUUCUCUCCAAUUUCAAAUAAAAGACUGAGAGACCCACAGUAAAAGCCACACAAAUAAAAGUUGGCAUUACCAAAAAAUAAAAAACGAUGUAUUCAUUCUCAAACAUGAAAUCUGAACGGAAGCCUCCGCUCCCUAAAUCGCCCAUACGCCUCCGAUCUCGCCGUCCUCUCCAACAAUCAUCUAAUUCUACACUCUCUCUUCAGACUCCAUCAGGUUCUUUGAACAAAUUUCAAAAAUCAACUCGUCCUCUGGCCAUUGAAGAAUCUGCGCUGCGACCUGAAUACCAGACCAUAUCAUGCGAGAUAAGUGCUUUGUCAAAGAUGGUGAAGGAAGAGCUUGGGAAUGCAGAGAAAGAAAACUUUGAUAGUUUUGCUGCUGGGGCUGCUUCUUGCGGUUCGAGACCGGGUGUUUUGUUUGAGAGAGGGAGGUUCUAUGAUGAAUACUCUGCCAGAAGGAACGAGAGGCUGAGGAGGAAGCAGGGAGUGGUGGCAGUUGCAGAGCAAUCGAAGCUGCCGGCGUACUCUGUGGGACUGGGUGUUACCAUGGAAUCUGCAAAGAAAUACAGUUCAAGAAAACUUGGAAGCAUCAGAAAAUCCGUUACUGCUGCAUAUUCUAUGGAGAUGAGUGAGGCACAAACGCCAAGGUACAUGCUCAGAAGCAUGACCAAGGAAAAGGAAACCAAGAAACCUACUCUUGCUGCUGUCCCCAAACCUCCAUCUGCAGGAAGGAAGAUUGGAACAAGAAGAACAACUAGAAUUUGAAAUCUGUGUUCAGUAUGAAAUAUGACCUUUUUUGUUUCUUUUGAUUGGUUGGAGAAGAAUUUGAUUUAACUGAUAUUUGGAUUAAAUCUUGCUCUCUUCUCUGUUUAAAAAAAUUUAAAAGUUGUUAGUUUUUACUUAGUCAACCUUAACAUUGAAAUGAGA